CGGCAGGGAGAAGCCCGCGUCUCUCCCUCUGCAGGAAGGCGCGUCGCCCGCAGCCCGGGCUCUCGGCCCUUGGCCACCUCGCGGGGGACCCCGGCGGCGCGAGCGGGGGGACAUGCCGGCCGCCAACUGCUCGCGGCACAGCGACGCGGUGGAGGGGACCGUGGCCGUGCUGCUGGCGCUGGAGUGCGGGCUGGGCCCGCUGGGCAACGUGGUGGCCCUGUGGACCUUCGCGUUCCGCCUCAAGGCGUGCAAGUCCGACGCCGUGUACCUGCUCAACCUGAUGGCCGCCGACCUCCUGCUCGCCGUCUGCCUGCCCUUCCACACCGCCUUCUACCUGCGCCACAAGACGUGGCCCCUGGGACACGCGUCCUGCCGCGGCCUCCUGUUCCUACAGGUGCUGAGCCGCGGGGCGGGCGUCGCCUUCCUCACGGCCGUGGCCGUGGACUGCUACUUCCGAGUGGUCCACCCCCGGCUCAGGGUCAACCUGCUGUCCCCGCGGGCGGCCUGGGGGGUCUCGGGCUGCGUCUGGCUCCUGCUGCUCGGCCUCAGCCACCGGAGCCUGCUCGUGUCGGAGGCCGAGUGCCCCGGCCUGGAGCCCCGGGGGCAGCUGUCCCUCAGCGCCCUCUGGCAGGAAGCCCUGUUCUCGGCGCAGUUCGUUCUCCCCUUCGGCCUCAUCCUGUUCUGCAACGCCAGGAUCGUCAGGACCCUCCGGGGGUGACUCCGAGACCCGGGCCGGCAGCCCCAGCUGCAGAGGGCCCGGGCCCUCUUCGCGGCCUGCUUCCUGCCCAGCUUCCUGGCCCGGGUCCCGGUGGCCGUCUCCCGAGGGGCGGGCGGCUGCAGGGUCCUGGGAGCAAUGGUGCACGUGUCCGACGUGAGCAACGGCCUCACGUACCUGCAGAGCGUGCUGAACCCAGCGGUGCACUGCGUCUCCAACCCCGCGUUCAGACGCUUCUACCGCAGGGUCUUCAACACCCUCAGAGGCCGAGGGAGGGAGGUCAAGGCCCCGGGUGACAUCAACAACUCCUACUGCUGAGGCCGGCCGGCCACCCGCCCCCGCGGGCUGAGCCGUGACGACCGGCUCCUGGGGCUCCGGAGCGAGGAAAUGCCCGGGCUGCACUACAAAGGUGGGGACCCCGACUCCGGCGCACCCGCAGCGAACAUCUCCUAUCCGCGGCCUACCGUGUUUCCCGCGGCUAUUGUGCGCGAUCGGACCUCGGAUCGGCGAGCCAGAGGCUCUUUGCGCCCACGACGACGCAGACGGCACGGCCGGCCUGGAAACACACAGCCGCGGGCGGCCCCCACCGGGGGAAGCCACCCUCGUGGGUUCCCGCGCUGCCCGCUCUCGGUGAGUCGCCUGCUGUCUGUCUGCUUCAGCCCCCGAACGCACCGAGUCUGCUUUCUUCCCACUUGCACAGACUCCUAACGGACUCGGGAAAGUGGGGACGCGGGGCUGCUCGGCCAGGCUCUGGGCGUGCACCUUCCCGUGCUCUGUGCUGGGCCCUGCCUGGCGCGGAAGGUUCUCCAUUUCAUAAAAUUUUGCCUCGUCUGCACAGACGGUGCCUUAUGUCCAAGAUCGCGCGGCUCCCUAGUUUAUCCUAAGAAACACGUUCCUACUAAGCGAGUUGAAAUUGCCUCUGGAACUUUCUUCUCAAGUCGGAAUGUCUACAUGCUUCUGAAAUUCACUUUGCUUCCCUGCUCUGGGAAGUCACUGUACGUAAUGCCUCGUGGGAGAAAUGCACAGGGGGAGACCCCAAACCGCGUGUGAAACCGCAGUCCCCACCCGACACUGGGGGGUGGAGGGGGUGCCACCCCAGCCCAGCCCUGGUUCUCCUGCAACAGCUGCAUCGUCCCAUGUCAUACUUCUAAAUUAUGUCCCAAGCCUGGAGCUCACGAUGGUGACAACCUCCUCCCUAACUGCCUUGUGUCUCACUCUCUGUCCAAAGCUGGUAGUGUGGUCCCCAGAACAGACUCCCCAGGAUGCUUAGACACAGGAUCGGCUUCGCAACCAGGCCCACACCUGUCACCCUGCCUGGAGCCACACCUGCCCUGCCCACGCAGACAGAUGGCCCACGCUUGUCCCCGGGCCACCCCAUGGCCUCUGUCAUACUCAAGGUGGACACGGGUGACGUCGGGCGGUAGAAAAUGGCAGAUCGUCCCGGGUCUGUCCCACCAGGGAGGCUCCUUCUCGGAACCGAAUUUCACAUGUGAGUGUGUUCGUCUCACCGUGCCCAGCUUGUGACAUAUGUCAAGAUCUGCCUCACAGAGUCCCUGGGGGGUCACCGUCUCUCAGCGAUGCUCCCUACUUUCGUGGGUUUUGUGUCCUCGCCGGGGAGGGGAUUUCAGGGGCCUGGAACGCAGCUGUGACCCACUGUGCCCGGCUUCCUGCGCGGACAGUCCUACGUGCUGCUUUUUAAAAAUCUAACACUUACCGUAAACAUUUCCCGCGUCGUGAUAAGCGCUCCACAGGCAGCUCUUCACUCGAUGACGCAAUAAUCCGACCAGAUGUCUCCUCACCACGUCCCUGAGUCUGGACGCGAUGAUCUGCUGUCCUGUCACAGGCAAAUCACCCUGUGACAUCACGCAGCCCCCAUAGACCUCACUGCAGCCGUGCCCUUGGGGGCCCAAAGCCCCCAGCACGGCCACGUCCGUCUCCGGGCUCAGCCGGCCACACCUCCCACCAAUCCCUGCUCAUUGUUAGCCCGGCACGACGCCCGCGUGGCAGGUGGGGGGCCCAGAAAACCCUGAUGCCUCGGCCAACCCCAGUGUUCUGACUCAGUCUGUCUGCGGAGUCCCGGGCGCUGGUGUUUUUGAAGCCUCCUCGUUAAUUCUGUCAACGCGCAGCCAGAGCUGACGCCAGACACAGGGUUAGUGGCCGAGGUCAGGGCCUUUGGGUCAACAUCCCGCUCUGUCACUUCCUAGCUUUGUGACCUGGGACAUGCCACCCAACUGCCCUGUGAAUAACAAACCCCGGGACCGUUGCACGGUUUAAGUAAAACAAUACAUAAAACGUUGAGGGCAGAGCCCGGCCCACGAUCAGCACUCGGUAGGCGUCCCUUGGCUAUUUGCAAGCCAUCGGUUUAUGAUCUUAACUUUGUUUACGUCCCCAGCCAGACUGGGCGUCCUUUAGGGACACAGCUUUUCACCUGUGCGCCCUCAACACAGAGCCCGGAGCGGGAUGGCCGGUCUUGACCUGGAUGCCUCCAGCAACAUUCUGCCAGAUCCAAGGUCUGUAACUGUGCGCUUUCUUUCCGGUAAAUCCUCUCCAGAUCCUCUGCGAGCAUUCUGUCUGACUCGAGUUUUAUUUUGCACAUCUGUGAAAGGGGAUAACUUCUCGGUACGCUGGAAGGUUCCGGAUCCUGCCAACACCCACCUCUGGGGCUGUUUCUCUGGCCUCCUGUCCUGUCACUCCCAUCGCAGAAGCCUCACGAGCUCUGCCCUCAGACGGUUGUCUCCUCCAAAGACAUCCGAGGAGGAGCUGUCCUGUUCCAAACUCUCUUCUCUGGGUGAAGAAACGGGUCAGAGGGAACCGUGGGCAGGCAGAAGAUGACGGGCCUCAGAACCACAACCACUUCGCUGCCGGCCGCAAGGUUUACUUUCUUUUCUCCUUUGACUCGCUUCUUCUAAUAUAGCAGGAGCACAGUCCCGUCUGUGAGUCUUGCAAAUCUCAGCAUUGUCUGAACUGUGGCAGAUCCAGGAAGGACAGCCGGGAGCCCGAAUUUCAACUUGAGCGAUGAAUCUCUUUCCCUAGGCAGAUGAUGCUAUCAGUGUUUUUAAAGUCAGCAAGUGUUGUCUUUUUCCAAAAUCCAGUCGGCCACUGACUCCUCCCCGGCUACAUAGACGUCCUCCGGGUGCUGGGCCUCCUUCACGGAACGUUCUGAUCUCUGUCCUCUAACUUCCUGCCUGCCCCUCCUGGUCUGACCCCUGAGACCUGCCUCUUCACAGAGCCCCCGACAACACGACACCUGCACCCCAACACAUUCCCCACACCCCACAGGCCACCCUCCGGUGCUCACUCCCGCCUUCCCCUCUGCGUCACCUCCCUGAAGCUUGGGAAAUGCCCACCUAUCUUUGUGUCCCCAGCACUGUGCACAAGGCCUGGCACACGGUGCCCUUGUGGAGUCAAUAACAAAUCGAUGAACAAAUUAACCUGAUUUAAACUUUAUCAUGGGCUUACAAAAAGUGAUUUUUUUAAUACAGUUUGAAAUUCUCAGGCAAGGAUCCCAAGGCAAACUUACAAUGUAUCUUCCAGAAUCUUCUAGGAAGACACUAAUACAAAUGAAAAUAUGACGAUUUUUCAUAUUUUUUGGAGAAAGAUUUUCCUCUCUAUUUUCGUGGUCACUUCUGCCAACAGCCAAGUCAAUAAUUUUGAUUUGCUGAGGGGUCAGGAGAAUGAACCGACCGCCUAUCUGCCCGUGGGCUGGGUCGGGGGCUGAGAGGUGCGUCAGUGGCUCUCAGAGGCUUCUGGAACAUACUAGUGCUCAUGGAGUGCUCAAGGAAUCCCCAAACAACGUCCUCCUUGAAAUGUCUCCUUUGAAAUUGUGGUGAAAUGUACAUCACAGAAAAUGUAGCAUCUUAACCAUUUUUAGCGCAUAGCCCAGUGGCGGUGAGACAAUCUCACUGCUGCGCUUGCGCCCACCAUCCGUCUCCAGAACUUUCCAUCUUCCCAGACUGAACUCUGCCCCCAUCAGACAGCAGUCCCCACUCCCCCGCCCCUGGCGCCCACCCGCCUCCUAGAAAUCCACUCUCUAGGAAUGGUGCCCCCGUAGAGACCUCGUGCAAGUGGACUUGAACGGUGUUUGUGGUUUUGUGUCUGGCCUGUUGACCUGGCACGAUGUGUUCCUAGAUGACCUCUCUUUGGGCUUUCACUGCUUACUUAUAUCUUGAUUUUCCUCCUAUCUGGUGGCGUCCCAGUAACUGGUCCUCUGGGAGAAAAGCAGGUUUGCUAGCCCCCCGUGGCCAGCUCGCCGAUUCCAGAAUGUUGCACAGCUGAGUCUCCAGCACAGCACUGCUGUACCCCGCUUCUGUUCCUUUGCGAGCUGGCAUCAGUCCCCGAAAGCCCCGCGGGUCUACCCUCCCCCGCUGUCACCGCGCAGACAGGGAGACAGACAGAACCGAGAUGCACGGACGAAGACCGCCCACGGAGACGCCCACGGAGAAAUUCAAGAAUAAUACAAAGGCACAGCUGGGGAAGGGAAGCCUCCCAUGUCCCGGGCCAGUGUCACCCUUUCCCCCCCCCCCGUUGUCAGCAGAGCUCUGUGUAUGUCCCGUGGAAAGUUCUGGAAACGUCCUGCAGUGGAAGCUCUUCGUAAAGGCUUCUGAGAUGCCUUUCGAAGGGACUGAAAGCCACAAGCUCCGGGGGAAGCCAGAUGCUCUUGGGACAAAAUCCCAGCUCCUCCCCUCGAGGGCUGUCACUUACCAGCCAGAGCAAGGCCACUCCACUCGCCUCCUGCCUGCAGAUCGAGGUCCUUCUGAUGGCACCCACGCCCUUUCCGUCCCCACGUGCUCAACGGCAAAGGGCUCCCAGGUCCAACCUGCCUGGAGACCCCCGAUUCCAAACCCGCCGGGGGUCAGCCCUCUCCCCCCUUCCGUGAGGAGUGAUUGAAACAGCGGCACAUCUGUGGUAGGGGAUUCAGACGAUUUAGAAUGAAAUACUAUUAAGAAUAUUAAAUGAAAACAAAACUUACAAAUGCAGGAGGUAUUAACGAAAACCGCCACAGGGCUUCCCUUGUACAUAUUUUAUUCGGAAAGUGUACAAUAACAUGGAACAAUUUUUUUUAACGUUCUAAUCAGGGAUAGCAGCAGGGAUAUUGGACCCAAACUAUAUUCUUACUUUCUAAGUUAGACCCUCUGAACAUGGCGCAGCAGGAAUUGGGGAAAGAGGCUGGGUUCACGGUGUCAUUAGCAGGACGGUUACCAAUUUCCUUACGGUGUUUCCGUCCUUCCUUCCUUCGGUCCUUCCUUCCUUCAGUCCUUCCUUCCCGCCCCCCGGGGUCCUGGCCUCUCUCUCCCACCUGCUGGUGAGACGCAGGGGCGGCAUUUCCGAGCCGCACAGGGUCGGACCCCAGCUGCCCGCAGGAUCUCCUCCCCGAGAAGCGUUCCCGUCCCCAGGCUGCGGCCUCUGGGAACACCCCAGAAUCUUCUCUCCAGUCGGCUGCUGGGAGCACAGAAGGCUUUCCGCAUUUUCAUUCGCUAGGCGGUUUGCCUCAUGGGCCACUUUGACUGGAGGGAAUGGAGUCACUACUCUGUGACAUUUCUUCUGCCGUCUGCCCUUUGCACCUGCAGCAGGUUCAAAGAACAGGUGCAUGAGGAAGACGACAGGGACCCCCAGGGCCAGGCGGCCCCCGCAGACAGGCUCAGGCGGUGGGCAGGCCGCGCAGGGGACCCGGAGGAGAAGCAUCAGACCCCCAAGCCUACGGAGCCACAGGAGCAGGGGGGCCGGCGGGGUGUCCCGGUGUGUGUGCGAGUGUAGACGGUUAAAUGACUGUCCAUCUCAGAAUUCUUUCACUGGCUGCCCAAAGCUGCAUUUCAGCCCUACAGACAGGUUCUGAUGAGCUCACGAGUUAUUUUUAUAUUUUCAUAGUAGGUGUAGUUAAAAAAAAGACCACAUUUUUAAAAGUCUAGGUUUUCAGCGCUUCUUGAAAACCGGAAGAUUUACAAGCCCUGGACCCUGAUUCCUGCACACAUCGGCGGGGAGGCGGAGCCCUGCCCCGUGAGGUGGAGCAUGCCUGCCCCUCCCAUGUCCACAGAUGUGUGUCAUUUCCUGGUCCCUGAGGGCGUUUAGCUUGUGGCCCCUCCUGUACAGCCCACCGUGUUCCAAGCAUGCUUUUUCAGUGUUCCUUAAUAAAUGUGAUGGUUGACUUUGUGUCCAUUUGGCCACACCUUGGUGGCCAAUGAUUCAUGAG